UUGUUUUCGGCGCUCGAGAGCGAGUGCAGCGGGGAGCGGGCGGAGGGGACGGAGCCCCACGGAGCCAGCCCUGCGCCCCACCCCCGCCCCGCAGCCCCGCCCGGAGUCCUGGCGACCGUCUGCUUCGACGAUCGUGAUCUGAAGAUGGCUGCGCAGUCAGCGCCGAAGGUUGUGCUAAAGAGCACCACCAAGAUGUCUCUGAACGAGCGCUUUACUAAUAUGCUGAAGAACAAACAGCCGAUGCCAGUGAAUAUUCGGGCUACCAUGCAGCAGCAGCAGCAACUGGCCAGUGCCAGAAACAGAAGACUGGCCCAGCAGAUGGAGAAUAGACCUUCUGUUCAGGCUGCCUUGAAGCUUAAGCAGAAGAGCUUAAAGCAGCGCCUGGGUAAAAGUAACAUCCAGGCACGAUUAGGCCGGCCAGCAGGACCCCUGGCUCGUGGAGCUGUUGGCGGACGAGGGCUACCUAUGGGUCAGAGAGGUUUGCCACGAGGAGCCAUGCGUGGUGGACGUGGAGCGAGGGCGUUGCUGAGAGGAGGCAUUCCCCUCAGAGGUCAGAGUUUACUUCGGGGAGGACGUGGUGUAUCCCCUAGGAUGGGCCUGAGAAGAGGUGGCGUUCGAGGUCGUGGUGGACCUGGGAGAGGUGGUCUAGGCAGAGGAGCCAUGGGUCGUGGAGGAAUUGGUGGCAGAGGUCGUGGCAUGGCCGGCCGGGGAAGAGGGGGCUUCGGUGGUCGUGGCAGAGGCAGAGGACGAGGAAGAGGGUCUGCACGUCCUGCAUUGACCAAGGAACAACUGGACAACCAAUUAGAUGCUUACAUGUCUAAAACAAAAGGACACCUCGAUGCUGAGCUGGAUGCUUACAUGGCUCAGACAGAUCCAGAAACUAAUGACUGAAGGUCCUUCUGAUAGACUCUCAUUGAAGUUAAUGUGUAUGUCAAUGCCCAUAAGCUAAAAAUGGAAAAACCUGAUUCAUGCUGGAAGGACCUGCAGGAACAGGGGUGGCCCUGUUCUACCAAGAGAUCAGAUUUUAGUGUGUUCCUCUUACAUUUUGAUACUAUAUGUUGUAUGAAACCUUUUUUGGAUUGUUUUUUAUAAUUUUUCCUAACUACUCUGAACAUGAAUGUGACAAACGAGCUGCAGAUACAGCCACUGACACCAGCGCUGGUGUGUGCUCAGCACGCCAGCCCGGCUGCGAUGGCACACUAAGUUCCUUCGUGCUUAUGAAGAGGAAAUGCUGCAUGUAUGCCACAAUCUGUGCUUCUUUAGGUGAAGUGCACAUUGGUGCCGAACACAAGCUGUGGGAUCACUUGGUUAUAUGUGCCUGUUACUCUUAAUGGUUUGUUUCAGGAUAGGAGUUGAUCCCAUAGUGUGGCUAAAGGGUAAAUCUCCACAUUUGCAGUUUUAUUGUUGCAAUAACUCAUUUGAAGUAAACAUACCAAAACGGCUCCCUCCAGGACUGCCUAAUCAAUCAAAUUCAGGUUAAGGAAGAUAGACAUGUCAAUCUUUUAUUUUGUACCAAAAGUUCAUCCCCACUGAUUGCUAGCAUUCGAAUGGGAGUACAGAGAGGAUUUUCCACGUUAAAGGCUAUUUUUCAGAUAAAAUUUGAAUUUAUUUUGUAUCAUGUUUGAAGGGAUGGCACUAAUGGCUUCUGUGUACCAAAAUCUAGAAAAAGAACUAGCUUUUGUUUUAAGGCUCUUGAAACAAGCACGUUAAUGACGUCUGAAAGAAAAUCAUGGGUAGAAUAGUCUCCAAAAUACUGGGUCCAAAAUUGGUUUUAUCAACAAGUGCUGUUACCUUUCAGUGUAACCAAAACUGAAUUUUCAAUCCAGACCAACUUUGGUGGCUUCUGUGGUGCAUUUAACCUAGGUUGGCUUUAGAAGUUGAGAAGGGGUUUGCUUUCCUCCCUACCCCACCCCCCGAAGAUUUAAGUUCAACCAUCCUGUGAACUGUUCCAGUUUCAAUGGAAUCUUGUAUUUCUCGUUCGUUGUGACAAAGGAGAAACAAUUAUAAAAACAAUAUGUGGA